AAGCGUAGGAUUGUCCCGACGUCACUUGUUUUGGCAGCGAGCUGCAUUGGACGUUUCUCUUGGUACUUUUACAAGAAGAAUUAUUUCGUUUUAACAUAUUAUCUCCCAACAGCAAGGAUGUCAUCGCCACUGUCAAAGCCUCAGAUUAUUGCGCAUAUUCAGAAGAGUUUGAACUACACGGUGUUUGACAGUAAAUGGAUUCCCUGCAGCGCCAAGUUUGUCUGUCUGGGUAACUUUCCUCGAGGAACCGGAGUAAUGCAAAUAUAUGAAGUGCAGCACGGAGAGGCUCAGCUUAUCAAGGAGAUAAACAAACCAAAACCCAUAAAGUGUGGGACAUUUGGGGCGACCUCUCUUCAACAAAGACACAUAGCAACUGGGGACUUUGACGGAAAUCUCAAUAUAUGGAAUCUGGAGAUGCCUGAAGUGCCUGUGUACACUGUAAAGGCCCACAAAGAAAUAGUGAAUGGUAUUGAUGGUGUUGGCGGCCUGGGGAUUGGUGAUGGAGCACCUGAGAUAGUCACUGGAAGCAGAGACGGGACAGUAAAGGUGUGGGAUCCCAGACAGAAGGAUUCGCCUGUAGCCAACAUGGAGCCCAUGGAAGGAGAAACCAAGAGGGACUGCUGGACUGUUGCAUUUGGUCAUGCCUUCAAUGAUCAAGACCGCUGUGUGUGCGCUGGCUAUGACAACGGGGACAUCAAACUCUUUGAUCUGCGGAAUAUGUCUCUCCGGUGGGAAACCAACAUUAAGAAUGGGGUAUGCUGUGUGGAGUUUGACAGGAAAGACAUCAACAUGAACAAGCUAGUGGCCACCUCACUGGAGGGAAAAUUCCACGUCUUUGACAUGAGGACCCAGCACCUCACCAAGGGCUUCGCCUCUGUUUCCGAAAAGGCUCAUAAGUCAACCAUCUGGCAGGUGAGGCAUUUGCCUCAAAACAGAGACAUCUUUAUGACUGCAGGAGGAGCAGGCAACCUUCAUUUAUGGAAGUAUGAGUACCCCGCUCAGAGGAGCAAGAAGGACUCAGAUGACGUGGAUGUGGGCGUAGCUGGCUCUGUCAACCUCUUACAGAACGUCACUCUGUCCACUCAGCCAAUCGCCAGCCUGGACUGGAGCCCCGACAAGCAAGGCCUGUGUGUGUGUUCGGGCUUUGAUCAGUCUGUUCGCGUGCUCAUUGUCACUAAACUCAACGUGGUGUGAAAAAGUAGAACAGGACAAAGACGGAUGAUACAGAUCUCUGCAGCCUGAUACGAAAUGAGACACAACUGCAGAGACGCAGCAAUAGUCACUGACCUAUUGUGAGGCUGGAUUGUGUGAAAAGACAACAGUUUCCCAUUGCAGGUCUUGGCAACUGUCUGUUUAGAUUUUGUACAUUUGAUACGCAUCUGUAGACGUAUCUUGUCAGAAAAUGAUUUAACUCAAAUGAACUGGCUUUGUUGAGGUUAUUUUGUCUGUUUCCCUUAAAUGAUAUCCCUGAAGAAUGGGCUUGGUUGAGCCCUGCAGCCAGUGUUAUCCUGUAGUGCAGAGAAAUACCCCUGUAACAUUUAUUUCCCAUAUUAUUAUUAUUAUUAUUAUUAUUAUUAUGACUAUUGGGAUGCAGAAAUGAGUCAUCUAGCCUCUGGCUUGGAAUCACACUUUGGGGAUCAAGAUUUAAUUUCUUCAUCAGUUUCCAUUCUGUAUUCAUUGUUAUAGGACGCUCAUUGAAACUCCUGUUUUUUGUUGCACUAUUGGUGAACAGUGUUGUACUUCAGUUUUGUCGAUUGUUAAGGUUGUCACUUUUGAUAUGUCAUUUUUUAUUAAGAACUCUGUUUUCAAAUUAAAUGUGCCUUUGGAGAAAAAAGAAGGAAAAGAAAAAGAA